GGCCACCACCUAUUCGUUGCCUUUUUCGUGUCUUUUUUGACGACGCGCCGGCGCCGGUAAAAAGGUAUCUUUUUUGAUCCUCCUCCUUCUCUCCUAUUUCGACCACCACUUCACCUCCUUCGCUCCGGCGCCGCUGCCAUGGCUGACGACGACGGGAUAGACGGGGCCUCCUCAUCUGAAGCCCUUGCCGAGUUCCGGUCGCUGGUGGAGGCCGCCGACCGCAAGUUCGCCCGCGUCCGCGACCUGCCGCCUUCCGCCCGCGGCCCGCUCCACCUCCUCCACUUCCGCAAGUCCUUCAAGGCCUAUACCCUCCUCUGGCACUUCCAGCAGCAGCGCCGCCGCGAGCUCGUCGCGGGCGGGCUGCAGCGCUGGGAGAUCGGCGACGUCGCCUCCCGGAUCGGGCAGCUCUACUACGGGCAGUACCAGAGGACCAGCGAGGUUCGCUUCCUCUUCGAGGCCUACGUGUUCUACGAGGCGAUUGUGAGCAGGGGAUAUUUCGAGACGGCGAGGGCGCCAGCGACGGCGCCUGAUCUUAGGUUGAGGUACAAGGAACUGAGGUUCCUGGUGCGGUUUCUCAUCGUGGCACUGCUGUUGAACCGGAAUGAUGAGGUGAGGCAGCUCGCCGAUCGGUUUAGGGCUCUGGUAGAAGAGUCAAAGGCUGCCUUCCCGGCAAUGAACUUCAAAGAAUGGAAGCAAGUGACACAAGAAAUUUCCAGAUUUUCUAAAGCUGAUGCAUCUUCUAAAACUGCAAGGCCUUUGAGAUACAACGUUUUAUUUGAUGCUCACCCAACCUCUUUCCCAUAUGUGGCAAGGUUUCACUCUACUAGGGUGUUGAGGUUGCAAGAUGCUAUAUUGACUUGCUACCACCGGAAUGAGGUUAAGGUCGCAGAACUUACUCUGGACACUUUCAGGAUUCUGCAAUGCUUGGAAUGGGAACCCAGUGGAUCCUCCUACCAGCCUCCUAUAAAGGAACCGUGUCAAAAUGGUGCUUCCAGUGACCAGAGUGGAGCCUCAGGACUGAUUGAUAUAAACCUAGCUGCUGAUAUGAUGGAUCCAGAUCUACCUCCAAAUCCCCGUAAAGCAGUUAUUUAUCGUCCUUCUGUCUCACAUUUGAUAGCGGUAAUAGCUACAAUAUCUGAGGAUCUGAAUCCAGACAGCAUUUUGCUAAUCUAUCUUUCUGCUUCAGGAAAGCCAGAUUUCAAUGUUCCUAUUCAAAAAGAUAUCUAUGGAAAGUCAAGAUCCUCAAAAGGCAACUAUGCUCCACAUUCUUCAUGGGAAAGGGACAGCUCAUUGUCUCAACCUGCUUCUGCCAAUAAGACAAACUCAACCGACAAUUUAAGGCACUAUAUAUGUUUAGGUUCUCAGGGAGCAGGAAGUUCAAACAACCUUUAUCCUGAAGAUUUGGUGCCAUUUACACGAAAGCCACUUUUCCUAAUUAUUGACAGUGACAAUAGCCAAGCAUUUAAGAUUGUUCAUGGCGCAGAACGAGGAGAAGCAUCCAUCUUGCUUCUUUCACAUGACAAACCAAUGUCAGUAUCUGAUACUAAUCCAAUCUCGAGUGGAAGCCAGUUUACCCAUUUCCUAACUGCUCCAUUACAGGCAUUUUGCCACUUAGUUGGCCUUUCUCCAGAUAUUGAAGCUGAUUUAUACAGCGGUGCCGAGAACCUGCUUUCCUCUGCUCUAGCUGAAUGGGAAGUGUCACUCUGUACAUCUAAUUCCCUCGAUCAGGUUUGGGCCCAAGUAUUAACUGAUCCAUUUCUACGACGACUGAUUAUCAGGUUCGUCUUUUGCCGCGCGGCUCUUUCUCUCUUUCAUUCUUCAAGGGACAAUGUCGUGCAUCUACCCGAAUGCCUUCCUAAUCUUCCUGAGUCGGUCUCUCCUGAGUCUGCCAUAGCUCAGAUUCAUAUCCAUCACCUCGCAGAAAGAUUAGGCGUCUUAAACUAUUUUCACUUCAUUGAUUCCAUCAACAGAUAACUAGAAGAACACUGUAUAAUCAUCUGUAGAUAGAACCAUAGUGAAUAGCACCAAAUCAUUUGUUGAUUGUUUCGUGUCUAUACCCGGCUUUACCGACUCUCUCGCAGAACUCUUGCAGAGCGAAUCAUCCACAUGAUUCUGUAUAAGAUUGCAAGCUAUUUAGAUAAGUUUAAGGCAAGUUACGAACAUUCUUGGCAGUGAAUAAACUGUGGACUCAUUUGUUGUAUCAGAAUAGUGGACAAGUUUGAAACUUUCUCAAACAUAGAGCUUAUUCCACUUGGUUUCAU